AUGACUGGUCUUGAUCUCAUUUUGGGAUUGGAUUGGUUAUCCAAGAAUCAUGUUUUACUUGAUUGUUCUGAAAAGUUAGUACAGUUUAUGCCGGAAGGGUCAGAAGCACCGGUUGUGGUGAAUAGUUACUAUUUGAAUUCUAUGAUAGUAAACUAUUCUGGAACUGAAUGUCAGGGUAUUAUGUUAUUAACUGCGGGAGUAUCAGGUGAUGAUCAGAGUUUAGAGCAGAUUUCGGUUGUAUGUGAAUUUCCAGAUGUGUUUCCGGAUGAUAUUAAUGAAUUUCCACCUAAUCGGGAAGUGGAAUUCACAAUUGAGUUGGUACCUAGAGCCGGUCUGAUUUCAAUUACUCCUUACAGGAUGUCAUCUUUAGAAAUGGCUGAACUGAAAGCUCAGCUGGAGGAUCUGUUGGGUAAGCAUUUUAUCUGA